UGUUUUUUUAAAUGAAUGAUGGCUUUUGAACAUCAACCUGGAGCACCUAUCGAAUGUCUUUCACUUAUGAUACCUUUGGAAAAAGAUGAAGUUUAUAAUCCGGAAACAAAACAACGAUUCUAUUAUUCUGGAUUCUCUAUUGGUGGAGGUAUUGAUCAAGAUUAUCGUCAAUCACCACAUAAUUUUCCCGAUCAUGGAAUCUAUGUUACAAAUGUACAAUAUGAAGCACCAGCAUAUCGUGCUGGUCUACAAUUUGGUGAUAAAAUACUUGGCUGUAAUGGAAUGGAUUUUACAAUGUGUACACAUAAACAGGCAGUAAAUUUUAUGCAUACACGUAAAGUGUUAAAUUUAUUGGUUGCACGUCGCGGUGUUACAUCACCAAAUAAUUGAAUUUUAUUUUAUUUUUUUGAAAUGAUUUUUAUUCAAAACAAAAAUUCCAUCCUCAUCAUCAUUAUAUGUCUUUCAUCAUGUUUAUUUUUGGUUUUAUUCAAUUCUGGG